AUGGACGGCAGCAGCCUGUCCCGGAUACAGACGUGGAUCAAAGACCAAGGCUGGCUUGUCUUUCUCUCGAGUGUACAACGACAGCGAAGUGCACUUUGCCAUCGGCUCACUUGUCGAGUUGGGCUGGCUGACGUGCCGUUGUGGAAUCGUCUUGUGAUGGAACGAUUCCUUCGGACUGGAAUCCUUCGACUACAUUCUGUCGCUUUUCCCGUUGGCAGCCCCAUCUGCCAACAACAUACGCUUCUCAAGUCGGGACGAUGCCAGAUGAUGUCAAAGCUGGACCGCUAA